UUCGGGUCGUCUUGUUCGGGAUGCUUGCAUCAUUUUCUCCAAAGCUUUUUGGGCCAAUCCGUUGACAUUUACAAAAACCCCAACAUCUGAUACGGCAAAUGCCUGACUUCUUAUUUCAUCUUAUUUUAUUUUUGUGCAAGAUGCAUCGCCGCACCUCUCGCUACUUAGCCGGCAUCCCCACGUCUCUCUUUCGACUGAACCAAAAUGCUUCCUCACACCAUCGUCUUCCUCCUCCUCCUAUGGAAUACAGAACCCAUCAUAUCUGACCCCCAGACCAACCUUCUCAACAUUGGCUGCAGCACUUACAAUGCCAGCAACACCUCCCUCUUCUUAUCCAACCUCAACAACACCUUCUCCAUCCUCCGCUCCAAAAUAUCCUCUUCCGCCGCCGGCAACCUUUCGACCACCUCGGAGCUUCCACAAUCCGCCGCACCCCUCUACGCUCUCUUCUUCUGUCGGCCAUACCUUUCUCUUUCUGAUUGCCUUGCGUGCUUCGCUGCCGCUGUCUCCUUCACCCACCGCUGCGGCGCCGGCACUGGCGGCCGCGUCAUCUUCGACGGUUGCACUCUUCGCUACGAAAGCGCACCGUUUUUCGACCAGGGAACUCUCCCCGGAAACACCGCGGUUUGCAGCAGCGGCUCCGCCACUUUGGCUGGGUUCGCCGCGGCGGCGACAGCGUUGACAGGUGAUUUGAGCUUGGCGGUGCCAAAAAUCGCUAACUAUUCUGCGGCGGCGAAGGGAGAUGGCGUGUAUGGUACGGCGCAGUGUGCGGAUACGUUGAGCGAAGAUGCCUGCGUGCAGUGCUUACAGGUUGCUUAUACGAAUAUACAGGGAUGUUUGCCGGCUGAGAACGGUCGAGCGGUGGAUGCUGGGUGCUUUAUGAGGUACUCUAAUAUGUCGUUCUUCUCUGAAAAUCAGACUGUGGACCUUUCGCAUUAUUUGGGUGUGUCAGGGGGAGCGAGCAAGAGUACACGGUCCAUUGUUGGCGGCGUGGUUGGAGCAUUCGUGGCGUUAUUGAUCUUGAGUUUUCUGACUUUUCUGUUGAUCAAAAAGUCUAGGCGGCGGGAGGAUGAUUGGAAAGGUGAUAUAUUGGGAGCAACAGAGCUACGAGGUCCUGUGAGUUUCCGUUACAGUGAUCUAAAAUCUGCAACAAAAAAUUUCAGCAAAGAAAAUAAACUAGGGGAAGGAGGUUUUGGAGAGGUUUACAAGGGUACAUUGAAAAAUGGCAAGAUAGUAGCAGUGAAAAGGUUGGCAAUAGUUCAAUCUGAAUCCACAAAAGCAAGUUUCAAGAGUGAAGUGAAGCUUAUAAGCAAUGUUAACCAUCGAAACUUGGUUCGAUUGCUUGGUUGUUGUAGCAGUCGCAAUGACUUGCUGCUUGUUUAUGAAUACAUGGCAAAUGGAAGUCUUGAUAAAUUCUUAUUUGGCGAAAAAAAUGAGUCGCUUAGCUGGAAACAGAGAUUUGAUAUCAUAGUUGGCAUGGCUAAGGGUAUUUCAUAUUUGCAUCAAGAAUUCCAUGUCUGCAUUAUACAUCGUGAUAUAAAACCAAGCAACAUACUCCUUGAUGAAAAUUUUCAACCAAAAAUUGCUGAUUUUGGGCUUGUAAGACUCCUACCCAGCGAUCAGAGUCAUCUUAGCACAAAAUUUGCUGGAACAUUGGGUUAUACGGCACCCGAGUAUGCUAUACACGGUCAAUUAACCGAAAAGGUUGAUACAUACAGCUUUGGCGUUGUUAUCCUUGAAAUCAUCAGCGGACGGAGGAACAGCAAUCCGAAGCUCGAACCCAUUAAUCAGUAUCUUCUAGAAUGGGUGUGGAAGCUUUAUGAGGAAGAUGAUAUGAUAGAAUUGAUUGAUAAAUCUAUGAAUCCUAGUGACAUUGAGCUAGAAGAAAUGAAGAGAGUAAUGAAAGUUGCUCUCCUUUGCACUCAGUCUAUGGUGGCUGUGAGGCCAACAAUGUCUGAAGUUGUAGUCUUGCUGCUAAGCCAAGGAGAUUCUAAUAUUGAGCCUACUAGGCCUAUUUUUAUAGAUUCCUCAACUCAGGCUCGAGGUGAGACAUCCUCCUCUGCAUGGUCUUCUUCUGCAACCCAUGCAACUGUAUCAGUUACGCAGUUCUCUGCAAGGUGAAAAUUUCUAUGCAUUAGUGGUCGAUUUCUCAACAGUUGAUUAGAGAUAAUGUGCUGUUAAAUAUAUAACUUAGCUUGAUUUUAACUGUAAGGCUGAGAAAAGUGAAUUCAAUAGGCGUCGUGGAAUUUAAAAUUUUCCAACAGAUAUAUGGUAAAAAUUAAGAUACUUAAUCAGUAUUAAAUGAUAUAACUUGAAAAAAAUUAAAAGGUUCUCAACAUCCUAUUAUUGAACAAAAUCACAAACAUAUAAACAGUCGCUGCAGAGAGAUUUCAUGGAAUGUAUGUAAGACAAUGUGAAACAUUAUCAUUUGGUGUGCAUGUAUUGAUGUUGGAAGUUAAAGGUAUUGUACAAAUUG